UGCGCAUGCCCGAUUGAUGAGACUGGGGACUUGACAGCAGUAGGGCAUCUGUCAAGUAAGAAUUUCAAUGUUUACGGAUCAAUCUUACCAUUGCGGCCCCUGAAAACGUGAUAGCUUGUUUCUACUAUGCUUGACCCAUCGUCUAGCGAAGAGGAGUCGGACAAUGAGACCCUCGAAGAUGAAAAUUCAGACGUUCUCAGCCUACCCAGUGCUGAACAGAGAAGCUUAUCAGCUAGUGGGGAUAACCUGAGUGUGAUGGGGGGUCAUUCAAGAUCUAAUAGCAUACGUCCGUCAAGCCCCAGUCCUUCACUCAUCAGUGAUAGAGAGAAAGCUGUAGAAGAUGCAGAGAAACUAGAAAAGGAGGAAGAAGAGAGAAAGAAGAGGUUACAACUGUAUGUGUUUGUAAUGAGAUGUAUAGCCUAUCCUUUUAAUGCAAAGCAACCAACUGAUAUGGCAAGAAGACAAACUAAAGUAACUAAACAACAACUACAAACUAUAAAAGAACGCUUCCAUGCAUUUCUCAGUGGUGAAACAAGUAUUGUCGCAGAUGAGGCCUUUACAAAUGCAGUCCAGAGCUAUUAUGAAGUGUUUUUGAAAAGUGAUCGUGUAGCAAACAUGGUUAGAAGUGGUGGAUGCUCAGCAAAUGAUUUCCGUGAAGUGUUCAAAAACAACAUUGAAAAAAGAGUACGCAGCUUGCCAGAGAUAGAUGGUUUAAGUAAGGAAACUGUGUUGAGUUCUUGGAUGGCAAAAUUUGAUGCAAUAUACCGUGGUGAGGAGGAUCCUAGAAAGCAACCGCAACGCGUGGCUACUGCUACAUCAGAGCUCAUCCUUAGCAAAGAACAGUUAUAUGAAAUGUUUCAAAAUAUCUUGGGAGUGAAAAAAUACGAGCAUCAAAUUUUAUAUAAUGCUUGUCAGCUGGACAAUGCUGACGAGCAGGCAGCUCAGGUGCGGCGAGAGUUAGACCGGCGGCUUCAGAUGGUGGAGAUGAUGGCAAGGACCCGUCGUCACCCGAAAUUCCUGGUGAAGGAGAUGGAGAGCAUGUACAUUGAUGAGCUCAAGUCCUCCAUCAACCUGCUGAUGGCCAACCUGGAGAGUCUGCCCGUGUCCAAGGGUGGGACAGAGGCCAAGUAUUCACUGCAGAAACUCAAGAGAUACAAUCGCGUUUUAGGUGAACUAGGCGAAAUGUCAGUAAUGGCGUCUUAUGGUGCUAUGAAUUUUAUCAACUAUUUCACUGAUUUAGCGCAGCACUCCUCAUUGUCCAAGCUGGACAUCAGUGAAGAUAAUGAACCAGGCCUGUCCAAACUUGAUGUGGUGCUGUCUUUCACACUGGAGGUGCAUGUGAGUGAGGUGAAGGGUCUGAAGUCACUGGCCCCCAACAAGAUAGUGUACUGCACGAUGGAGGUGGAGGGAGGGGAGAAACUCCAGACUGACCAGGCCGAGGCAUCUAAACCAUGCUGGGACACACGGGGGGACUUCACCACCACACACCCACUGCCAGUAGUGAAGGUGAAGUUAUACACCGAGAGUUCUGGUAUGCUUAGUCUGGAGGACAAGGAGCUGGGCAAAGUUGUGAUUCGACCAACAGCCAAUAGUAGUCGUGUGGCAGAAAUCUACAAGAUGACAACAGCCAAGAACUUCCCUGACAACUUGACAAUAAAAAUAGCUGUACGCAUGGAUAAACCUCAGAACAUGAAGCACUGUGGUUAUUUGUACGGCCUAGGGAAGACAGUGUGGAAGAAAUGGAAGAGGCGAUAUUAUGUCCUUGUACAGGUGUCCCAGUACACCUUCGCCAUGUGCAGCUAUCGGGAGAAGAAGCCCGACCCAACAGAAAUGAUGCAAUUGGAUGGCUUCACUGUCGACUACUGCGAACCUCUUCCAGAGCUGGAGGGUGGCAAGUGUUUCUUCAACCUGGUCAAGGAGGGUGACAAUGUGAUGUUUGCGACGGACGACGAGUCAGAGAGGACGUUGUGGGUGCAGGCAAUCUACAGAGCCACUGGACAAACCCACAAGCCCACUCCACCUGUUGUCCAGACCAACAAGAUCAGCAACACACAGAUCUCCAGGAUGCAAGGAGAUGCUGACCGGGCCCGAAAGCAUGGCCUGGAUGAGUUUGUACAGGCCAACCCAUGCAUAUUCGAACACCAUGACCUGUUUAAGACACUGCAGACCCUAACGCUGGACUACCGACUCAACGAUGCAUACACCUGUCUGGGAUGGUUCAGUCCGGGCCAGGUGUUCUGUCUGGAUGAAUACUGUGCAAGGUAUGGUGUUCGGGGUUGUCACCGACACUUGUGUUACCUGAGUGACCUGCUGGAGAGAGCAGAGAUGGGCAUCCUCAUCGACCCGACCCUUAUCCACUACAGCUUUGCCUUCUGCGCAAGUCAUGUUCAUGGGAACAGGCCAGACGGGAUAGGCACUGUCCUUCAGCGGGAGAAGGCAAAGUUUGAUGAGAUCAAGGAGCGACUACGAAUCCUGUUAGAGAACCAAAUCACCCACUUCAGAUACUGUUUCCCCUUUGGACGACCUGAGGGAGCACUGAAAGCUACGCUGUCACUCCUAGAGAGGGUGUUGAUGAAGGAUAUUAUUACCCCGGUGUCCCCAGAGGAGGUGCACCAGGUCAUCAAGAAGUGUCUGAUAUUGUAGUCAUUGAUUCUUCGUGUCAGUAGACAGCAGUCUCAUGCCAAGUCCACUGUUGUAGAUGCCAUGAGUGAUGACAUCUCUUCCAAGAAGAAGCUGGAGGACAUCAUGCACCUUGCGGAGUUGUGUAUAGAGGUGUUGCAGCAGCACGAGGAGCAUCAUGCAGAGGCGUUUGCCUGGUUUAGUGACCUGCUGGUGGAGCAUGCGGAGAUCUUCUGGUCGCUGUUCGGGGUGGACAUGAAUGCUGUACUAGAGGCACAGCCACCGGACACGUGGGACAGCUUCCCGCUCUUCCAGCUGCUCAACGACUAUCUGAGGACAGAUGAGAACCUAUGCAACGGUCGGUUCCACCAGCAGCUGAGAGACGUGUUCGCGCCCCAGGUUGUGCGGUAUGUGGACCUGAUGGAGUCAUCAAUUGCACAGUCUAUACACAAGGGCUUCGAGAGGGAGAAGUGGGACCAGCAAGGGAAUGGAUGUGGCACGUCGGAAGACAUGCUGUGGAAGUUGGACGCCCUGCAGUCUUUCAUCCGUGACCUGCACUGGCCAGAGGAAGUGUUCGCUGAGCAUCUGGACCAUCGUCUCAAACUCAUGGCCGCUGACAUGAUUGAAGCAGCAGCCAAGAGAACCCUGAAGGCGUUUGAGAGUUGGUUGUGGAAGGGUGGGAAGGGAACAGACUACAACACUUACUCCGAGAUCUGUACCCAGAUGAAUGUCAUCAUCGACUGCAAGAACAAGGCUCUUCAUCUGUGUGCCUUGGACAGUGGAUCAAAUAUGCACCAGUAUCACACCAAGAUUGACGAGUUCCUGGAGAGAGUCCAGGUGCAGAUGGUCAAGUGUCUUGUGGAAAAGUUCCUGUCUGUGCUGGAGUCCGUACUCAGCAAGCUGGCCAGAUACGACGAGGGAACGUUCUUUGCUUCCAUUCUCUCACUUACAAAACCUGUAGAUGAGCUGGGCAAGUCCUACGUUGACUUCAUGCGAGGAAACCUGGAUCAGAUGAGACAGAAGAUCACUGAUGAGCUCUACACUCUCACCCUGUUUGAGCAAUGGUACAGUGAUCAGAUGAAGAUGAUGUGCGACUGGCUGACUGACAGAUUAGACCUGUCUCUCCACCCCUACCAGCUCAACUGUCUCAUGACCAUCAACAGGAAAUGUUUUUCUGACUUCGAGCUGCAAGGUGUCCCUGAGAAUGUUCUCAACUGCAAGACCUACACCACCAUCUGCAGCCGUCUACAGGUUGAGGAGGCAACUCAGUCAGUGACACAGUCGGAAAGCAGUAGUCGCACGACAUUCCUGGGGAAGGUGCACAAUGAUAGCGGAGAUGAUUCGGACUAGACGUCGAUAAGUGUGACCGACCACGGCCAUGAUGGUACAGCUGCCAACGGUGAUGGGGUAUCUUGGUCAGUCUGACAUUCAGGCUGUGCAGCGUCCCAUGACAUGGUCAAUGUUGUCGAUAAUGAUAAUAUGGUGUCAGUUUAUUUCAAUGUGUCAGUAUGGACAAUGAGAACAGAGUGUCUGCAGACGUCUUCACCAGCCACCAGUGUCUGCAGACACAACCUUCACCAUAGUGCUGGACAGACCAAGCCACACUGGUCCAAUAGGUGGAUGAAGAAAGUCAUGCAGUAGAUUCGUCCUUGCUAUUAGUCAGACAACGGCUCUCAGCAUUAAUGUAGUCAAUUGCUAUCAUCUUCUAACUCAUAACAAUAUUCCAAUCACUGUCCAUUGAGCGCUUUCUUCUGAAGGUGUGUGGAGUAUGAUCUCAUUUGUUAGAUUAACGCCAAUUCACAGGUAUAUCACAUUUUAUAAGUUUGUUUUAGAACAAGGCCAUUGAAAAUGUCAACUUAUAUUACAGUAUAUUGUCACAACAUUCCACCUGCCGUAAUGUUUCAUCAGCUGUUAAGCCAUGACGUUCCAUCAGCUGUUAAGCCAUGACAUUCCAUCAGCUGUCAAGCCAUAAUGUUCCAUUAGCCAUUAGUUAAGACAAGCAUUCCAAUAGUGUUCCAUCUGAUGUUUCACUAUAGUGUUCCAUCAGCUUGUCCAAGUUAGACUAGCUCCUUUGGAGAAGCCUGAGAACAAAAGUCACUUGUUAGAAGUCAGUUACCUUACAUGGAGCAGGAAACAUUCACACCACAUCGUUGAAAGGGUACGGAUAUAUAUCAACUGAUCAUCAUGUCAGGGA